GCAGCUGGUGUAAGACAAGCAGGAGCUCAUCUUAACAAAUAACCCCUCAAGUCCCCAAAGUAGUGCUACACCAUGUGAGAAUUGAACUGUGGUUUCAAUGCUGGUGAAAGAUGACAAUGAUGGCAGUUUGGGCAGCAGUGCUAAUGACAUAUGGAGUCUCCAUAGGAAUUGCAAAGAACUAUGCAGAACUUGGGAAAAGUCGUGUUCCACUUGAUUUAGCUCCAAAUGCUGUUGAUGACAUGUACACUGGUUGCAAAGACAAGAUGGAGUACAGAGUUAAGGAGUACCUGGUGAAUGAGAAAAACCAGGACAAAAAUUUCACCUUGGCAUGGAGCGAAGCAGAGAAAUACUACAACAAAAAAUGGAAGCGUAAAAAGGGAAAGCGACCUUCCACAUCUUUGGGAAAAGAACAGAUUAUGGCUAUUUAUGUUUAUACCUUAGACAAGCCAAAAAUAUACCUUGAUUUCAAUGAUGCAGUUCGUACACAGAAAUCUAAGUACAAGACCACAUUUAGAUAUCACGCACUUCACUUUUUCCUGACCGAUGCGCUCCAAACUCUUAACGCUCGCAAACCUGAAAAGGAAAGAUGUCUCACUGGCUACCGCAGAGUCAACGGCUACUUUAGCCAAGAUCUUCUCAACAAGGUGAUUCGCUUUGGCUCUUUUACCUCCAGCUCAAUGGGUUGGUACCCCAGCGUUGAAAGAUUUGGAGACAAAUCAUGCUUUAAGAUAGUGACAUGCUCUGGAGCAGACGUCUCUCUGUACUCUAAGCUCGGGGAAUCAGAGCGAGAAGCCCUGAUUCCUCCUUAUGAGGUCUUUAAAGUCAUAAAGAUUGAGACUAGAUCUGAACAGAAAAGUCUUCCAUGUGAGGUGGUCUAUAGACUGAAAAGUGUGGGAAUAACUCUCUCAAAUUUGAAUUGUGCACUUUUCUGAAAUGAGUAGUCUCAAACACGUAAUGUGAUGUUUACAAAACAUGCAACAUAAUAUUAGGCUGCACCAGAAUGGUGAUUUUUUUUUUUACAUUUUCAAAAUGCAUGUGGCUAUAAUUUUAAAUAAAAUGAGUCAUUGUGCUAGCCUCUUAAUAUACACUUAGGAGAAGUCAGUAUUUAAAUAUUUGCAAUACUAAAACUUUAAAAGCCAAAUAGUCAGAUGUGAAGUGGUUGUGCAAAAAUGUAUGUAGAUUGCUGUG